CAACACCAGAUGGAUCAACAAGCGGUCCCCGUGGAGUGCUAAAAAUCGGCAAUCUGUAAUCUGGGAAUUAAUUAUUAAAUAAAAAUUGUUAUCAUUCUAAUCUAUAAUUAUUACAAUUCACAUUUAGUUCUACUAAGUAUGGCAUUAGUUUUUGCGGUCUUACUUUUCUAAAACAGUUACGAUUUUAAGUAAAUUCAUGUGACAGAUGUUCAUGUGUAGUUACGCGCCACUUUAAGCUUGGUUUCUGAAUUAAAAUCCAACAUCUAAUGGAGGGAUCAUCCAACAGCAUACCUGAAAUGGAUUCUGGGCCUCAAGAAACAGUUUCUACCUCUGAACCUGUGGUGACCGAUACUAUUAUUAUUUCUGAUAGUGUAAUGGAGAAGCCUUCAGAUAGCUCGCAAAUUUUGUUUCCGGAAAGUCCUGUUUAUGAACCUGAAGAGAUUGAGCUUGUUUCAAGUACGGCACCUGAUGAAGACAAGAAAGAAAAAUCAGAAGAUUGUCUAGAGGAGCCGGCUAUGACAAAAAGAAAAAAUUCUGAUGAAUUAGUCCAGAGCAGCCCUAAAAUACAAAAACUGGAACUCGUUGAAGACGAAUUUGCAGUUUCCUCUCAAACUUUAGACGAUGAAGUUUCUGAAAUAACACGGUCUAAAAGAUUGUGUGAUAACUUAGAGCUACCUUCAACAUCUCGAGUUCGGACCCCAGUCCGAUCCAGCCCAAGGCUAUUAACUAAGAGGAGCAAUAGUGCUGACAUAGUAAAAACUCCUAAAACUCUCAAAUCUAGACCUGCUAGUGUUGAGGUCACGAAAAGUACUCCAAAAAAGAAUCUACAAGCUAACAUAGAAUUAAAGUACACAGCUGACAGAGUAACUUCAAGACCGAGCAUUGAAUUUGUUAAAGAAAUACCACCACCAAAAGUACCAGACACUAUACCCGAGAUCCCAGAAAGCUUAGAUGACUCACAGGGCUUGCACCUAGAAAUGUCUCCUACUCCUGAUGAUGAGAAUGCUAAAAUCAAAUACAACAGUGAUCCUAUUCUCAAGGACAGUGAUGUAGCCAUGAAACCUGCAAAAGUAGAAAAAGCAAGUAGUGAAGGAAAUGCUUACUCAGAUAAUAACAUGUCAAUACCCAGAACGAAUUUGAAUUUGAGUAAGACCUCUGAUCUGGAAAGCACUGACAGUGUUUGUUCAAUGAACUUGGAGAGUCCCGAUCACAUCCCUAGUGCGGCCUCAAAACUCAUCUCCAAAUUAUCGAAUGGCAACUCUUCUACGCCGACCGACGCGACUGAAGAUAGCGAUUGCACUCCUGAUAUGGUAAAACUGAAUAACAUCAAAGGGAAGCGCCUUAAAAAUGAAUCAUUCCGUGCGAGUAAUACUACCACACCUUCAACGAUAUCGCCACUACAGAACGGACAUUCGUUACCUAUUUCAACUCCACAUAUACCAGCUUUCGAUGUCCACAUCAGUCACAACGAAGACAAUGAAUUUUUAUCCCUAUACGUUGUCCGAACUGACAAUGACUUAGGCAUGGACAUGUGCAAAGAAUACCAAAGGAUAUCCAAGCGUUUCACCAUCGAUCCUUACUUAGCGGACGUUUCGGUCAGUAACUCCCCGUCAAGUGUUACCAGCGGGGGAAUGAUUAAUUUGCCUAACAGGACUUCUUUUGCUUCCACCGUCAGUUCAACAUCGACGUUGAGCAGCAACAGAACCAGUGACGGAGCCUUCGUGGUGCCCCAGCCUCCAAGGAAAUCCGUAUCGAAUCCGACAUACUCGAUCAAGGGAUAUGAUGCACUAAUGAAGAAGCUACAAGAGAUAUUUUCGCAUAUACGCGAAGUAUCUGACGACGGCGGUCGAUCGAUAAGUGACGACAAAGUGUCGAUUGCUGUACAGACAUCUCUUUCCACCGAAGGCAGCAUCAGCAAUGGGAACGCUAGCCCCGAAGAGGUCAGUAAAUGUGAUAAAACCACACCGAAAAGUUCUUUGAAGAAAACUCGGGUACGGGGUCGACGACCUAUGGCGGCGAAGACGAAGCGAGCAAUACUGCCAACUCAGCCAGAAGAAGCAGAGUUUAUGUACGAUAUGAAUUCCCCGGAAAUGGUACCCAGCAACGGGGACGGAGGACAUUCACCAAAAUCGCCUAAAGACGAGAAACCGCUGUCCUCUAUGGUCGCGACUCCGAAAUCCGUGAGCAAACUGAAGCAGAAACGUCGACCGAACUCCCCACGACCAGCGACUCCUGUAGAUAAAAUGAUGAAACAAGAAUACCCCGGUCACGCCCCGGAUACAGUGGUGUUGGCGAAGUGGGUGGACAAACGGUAUUAUUCCGGCAAAGUAGUCGAGAUAACAGAUUUGAACAAAUAUUUGAUCAAAUUCGACGAUGGUCAAACGAAGGUUCUACUGGACGAUUUCAUUAUCUUUGGGGACAUGAAGACUCUGCCUCUUACCGGACAGCUGGUGUAUGCUGUGGUCGACGAAGAACAGAACUACGAACCGGGCUUGGUUCUUGGCGUCGAAGAAAACGACAGUGGCACCAUUACAUACAAGUGUGCCACAAAUGGUGACACCCUAGUCGUGGUAACAGCCAGCGAACUGUAUCUAACGGAGGAACAAGCCAGAGCUCUGAAGGAUGCCGGCAGACCACGGUCACCGACCACUCCUAACACGACCCCUCGCAGGAGAAACCACAGAGAAUUGGACUUGGAUAAUAUUAUUCAGGGCCCGCGGAGUGCUCGCAGCAGAGACAAAGGAAGCUCAAGCGCCAGGAAACGAGUGGCUUCACCUAAGAGUCCUAAAGCCUCUACGUCAGGUUUGAAAACGAAAAUCGCUGUAGCCGGUAGGAAACGCGUCGCCAGCGAAAGCAGCGAGAUCAGUGAAAGCAGCAACUCCGCUCCGAGCACGACCAGACUCGAGGAAGUAGCGGGAGUGGAGCCUGAACUACAGCGAACUCCGAGAAAAAUUGAUGGUGUCAAAGCGGGCCCGUUCCAGCUGAAAGGGGCCGCGAAACAGAACAUCGGUAAGAAGAACUCGAAGCUGACCAAGUUCGAGAACGACGCCGACACCGUCUCUCAGCUCGGCCCGAUACCGGACGGCGACCACAAGAUCUUCAAGGGAAUGUACUUCUUGCUGACCUGCGCGGCCACCUCCAAGCGAUCCCGAGUGGACAAGGAAAAAGAAAGAGAUAAGAAGAAAGAAAAGGAGAGGGCUGAUAACUCAACGGACGCCAGACAAUAUUCCUCGGAGGAAGACAGCGAGGCUCCGUCCACUGUGGGCACUGAUACAGAGGACUUUGAGUUCUCUACAAGACCAUUCAACAAGGAACGGUUGAAGGAACAGCUGGAAGCCGGAGGAGGCGUAGUGUAUAGUCACUUCGACGAGAUACCCAAGAACAAAUAUGCGGUUUGUAAGCUAAUAGCUCCCAGGCCAUGUCUCACCGCGAAAUACAUACAAUGCCUGGCCAGUGACGUUAGAGCCGUGCUACAUGACUGGGUCAUUGCAAGUUGCUCCAGAAAGAUCUUACCUGACGUCGAUGCCCACGCGCUGCCCGCCGGGCUUUCAGUUCUACACAGACGCUACAUCACAUGGGACCCGCCGGGCGAAAGGCGAAACGCUACUUUCUUCAAGGACAAAAUCAUUCUUCUGUGCGGCGAUCAGGACACGUUCGUUAAAUUCUGGGAACGUGUGUGCAACCUGACCGGGGCGACCACGCGCGUCGUCAACGAGGAGGACCUCAACAUGACCGGCGCGUUCGUCCUGGUCACCGAUUGGGAAUGUCCACAUGAAGUGCAGAACAAAGCCAACCAGGACGGCAUACCUCUGGUCUCGACACACUGGGUCAUCGAGUGUCUCAUCCAGGCCGAGAUCGUUGACCCCACCUGUCACGAUUCGUUUUCAUUUAUGUAUACGGAGCCAGAAUGAUCGUGGGACUUCAGAAAGUACCUCAUAAUACGUGAAAAUUGACACUUGAGGUGAUUCUGUGAGUUUGUGCGUUUCUAUAAAUAGCUACUAUGAAAAACAUAAAAUACUAUAGUGAUAUGCGAGAAGUAUCGGUGAUCGUUUUCAAUAGAAAAGUGUCGAAGAGAUUUUGUGUGACCAAACGGUAAACUUAGAUUAGGAACAGAGGCUGUUGACAAAUUAUCCUCAUUAAGAUUGACUAUUAACUCUAUAAUUGACUACUAUAAUAAUAAGUAUACUUAAUUAUGACCUCAAUGUUAAUUGUAAAUAUUACUCUGUAUUAAUUGUAAUCGUGAAUGUAAUUAGUACUACGAAAUAAAAAAGAGUUUUUUCAUAUCUAUUAUUGAGUUGCACAAUAGCUUGGUGAAUUCUUGAAAUGAAAUUAAAUUAAUAUAAGUUAAAAUACUUUAAAAUCCAGGAAUACUUAAAAUUCUGUAUUUAUGUUUUAGAGUUUAAAAGGAAAUGUUUGUAGGUAAAAUUAUCUUUGUAAACACAAAGUCUGCAUUUUUGACAAUAUUUAUGUGAAUUAUUCUGAAUAAUCGAUACUAAACUAUUGUUCUGUGCUUUGACCAAUUCGUUUCAAAGUAUGUCUUUAGUCCAUUCUAGACUACGCAUAUCAAUGUCUAAUCCUUUGGGGUCGCAUAUUUUUUUAAUAGUCUUGACAGCUGGAAACACACAUACCAAAUGGUUAAACUUGGUUUCCGGUAACACUUAUUACGUAAAAUGUGUUCACCAAUGCUCAUCGUGGGCAGCGUGGAAUGUUUUCAACAUAGCAGUCUACAAGCGGAUAAAAAAAUUUUUAGGAGAGUUUAAAUGCCAAUUGUAAACUCCUAUGUUAAAUAGGAUACUAUAUUAUUAAAUAAUGUUAACUUCGUUUCACUGAGGUAGGAAAACGAAAAUUUACGAUUUUUUAGUAGAUCUCUACAUACUAUAGAACACAGUACAUAUGUUAAGUAUUUUAAGACAGCUUUGUAAAUUUGGUCUCAUGUAUUGUUAGUUUAGAUUAAUUUAGAAAACUUUAUUGUUGUAAGGAAAUCAUGGUGUUUAUAAGAAAUUAUCUAUUUGAUGGGAUUUGAUAAUAUAAAUUUAAUUAUCCUUUAGCUGGAUCGCCCUUGUCACAACUUGACAUUUAUUUUUAUCAGAAAGAAUGCUUAGUUCCCAUUUUUUUAUUUAUGUUGCUCUGUAUUUGAGUCUACAGGUACUAAACUUUUACCACCAUGUACCUAAAAACAUGAGGUAAAAAAUGCAUUUGUGUUAGGGUAAGGAUUAUUGUUUACUUCGAUGUUGGUUAAAAUAUGGACUAUAUUAUUAAAAUUUAAUCUUAAUGACCUGUAAAUAUUGUAUACUAUUAAAUUAGUCCGGGCUUUAGGUAUAAAAAAUGGCACUAAGAAAAGUUACCAUUUGUAUUAUCGAAACCAUUUAGUUGUAAUUUAAAGAGCUUUUUCUUUUGUAAAUAACACAGUUGAUUUCAUUAGAAACUGGAACGCAAAAUCAUGUUCGUUCUAAAAUUAUGCUCAUUUGUGACUAAUUAAAAUAUUUGACCAUAAGUGAGAAUUCAUGGGAAUUAUUCAUGAUUAUUUAUUUCAGAGCGUCUUUAUAGAGCAGUGAAUAGAAAAAAUAUAUAUAUCGAAAAGCUAAUUAAAUACCAACAAACUACUUAUGAUAUGUCUUUGCUUUGAUGUGACAAUUCGGUAAAUAUUUUUGUGUUAGGAAUAAGUUGCAAGAAAUCAUUGUCUGUUUAUUGAAUUGUGACGUCACAUGAGAGUGAACCGAACCCGCAGUAUUUGUUUUUGCUACGUAAUUGACCCUUUUGUUUGAUAUGUAAAUUUUAACACGAAACAAUUUGUUUCGCUUCAAGAGAUACUUUAAUCAAUGUUGUGAUUGUAUUCAAUAGUAUAUCCUAUUUGUGUAAGCGCAUUUGUGAGUGCUGUCAAUCGCAAAAUCCAAGGAAUACAGAUAUAUAUAUAUAUACAAUGAGGAUUGGUUGAUACGUAUGUACGUAAAUCUAAGUUCAUGAGUUUUUUCGAUAAGCGUCCUUUUGCUAUAAUUAUUCAUAACUAAUUUAUUAUAAGUCUGAAUAAACUAUAAUUGAAAACUUGUAAUGUUUCAUUGACUAAAAAAUUCAAUACUGUUGCAAUGUUUCGUUGCAAUAUUAUUAAAAAAAAAUUAUGUUACUGUCAAACACGCCAUAAUGAAGUAUAAAAUAUUAUGGACAUGUAUGUAUUGCUUUCUAUAAUGACAGAAAUUAAAUUUCAAACUUAACAUCUCUUGUUUAAUCAUAAUAAUCGACUUUAGCACAUUAUACCUAAACCGCCCAAUCUGCUGUACAAUGUCAGUGUGAUGAAUUAUAGAAUCUGCAUUUAUUACUAUUUUUAGUAUAUUUUACUUAACUGAAUAUUAGUUUUACCAAAAUUUCUCAUAGAUGGUAGCGAUUCAAUAUGUUACUUAUUCAACUAAUAAACUAUUAAAAAUUCUCAUUUAGAAUCAUAAUAUAUUUUAAUUGUGUUAAAAACGCUAUCCGUACAGAAUAUUACAAAAAAAAAAACAUUUCGGCUUUACUUAAAAAUAAAAUGGCUGCAGAUUUAUUCUUUAUGUAACAUUUUAUCGAAUCAAUUUAUAUAAUAUAAAGAAAAGUGCAUUUAUUCUUUCACUUUAAGAUUUGACCAUAGUUUGUUUGACAGGCAGAAACUUUUUUUAUAUAUAUUAGAAUGAUAGUGGUAAUAGUUUUCUAAAUCACAUAUUUUAGUACAUAAUAUUAUAUCAAAGCUAAAUGUGGAACUUGUUUUGAUAUCAACCGAACUAUUACUAACUUUUAAUAAAAUCGCUAGAAAUGUGUUUAAAUAUUGCCUCACCAAUCAGACAAAGAUGAAUAUAUUUUAAAUCAUAAUAAGUCAAAUUAAUAUAAAUCAACAAAGUUAUCCUAUCAUAAAAUUGGAAAAAAAUAUUAAAUAUAGUAUUAAUGGAACAAUAAUAGAGCAGAAGAAAUAAUUCAAUUUUGUUUUAGGUUUAAAAAAUUGCUUAGAUAACAAGUCUGAUAAUCACAAGCUGAAUUCAUUUAAAUAAUGAUCUUGUCUGUACAUAAUUAAUCAUAAGUCGGCGUUUGUAAGUAUUAUUAAAUGGAUGUGUUAGAAAUCAUGCAUUUUUCUUUAUCGUUUGCUAAUAAAAUAUAAUUAUGUUGGUGCAGAUAUCAUUGCUUUGCUUACUUUAAUUUAAAUUUAAGAUUCUACAUUUUUGUUCUAUAGUAUUUUAACUAUUACAAAACCUUUAUUGGUUCUAAGCCGUCUACUCAGUAUAAUGAAAAAGUUUUUUUUUUUUAAUAUUAUCUCGAUUAAGUCAGUUCCCUAAACCGAAAAAUGAUUAAUGUGGUAAACACCUGCAAUUGUAAUGAUGCUGUUAGAAAUUUUAAUACAAUGUUAUUCUUACACAAUUGACUUCAUAGAUAUUGUUUUUUUUUUAUUUAAGGAUUUAAAUGUCAACAUUGAAUUUGCAUACAUUGCUCUAUACGCAUUUUUUUAUAAUUUAAGCUGUUAUCAUUAUAGUAAAAUUGUUGUAACGUUUAAUGUAAUUUGUAUAAAUAAAUAAACAAUAUAGGAUAAAUGUGUA